GUGGUCUCGGGGACAAAAGAUGGCGGCCCCCAUGCAGCGGGCACUGUGCGGUGCCGCGGUGCCAUGGCGGUGGGCGCUUGGCCCUCGCUGGCUGGCCGCCGCGGCCGCGCCCCGGUGGCGGCUCGUGGGUGCGCUGUGUCUGCAGAGGCCGCCGAGCAUCACGCAGGCCCUGAGCCCGGAGCAGGAGGAGAUGGCGCAGCUGGUGCACCAGAUAGAGGUGGAGAAAAGCAACUUUUCAGACCAUGAGAUCCGUCGCUUGGCAGAAGAGGAGCAGCUGCAGAAGAUGAAAGACAAUAUACAGGAUGAGGAAGCGGACUCUGGGCAAGCUAUUGUGUUGGCCCAAGACCUGGAGGAUGCCUGGGAACAGAAAUUCCAACAGUUCAAAGCUGGCCCACGAAUAACAGAUGCUGAUAAACGCAAUGACCGGACAUCUUUGAACAGGAAGCUGGAUCGGAACCUGAUGCUUCUGGUCAAAGAGAAAGUUGGCAACCAAGAGUUGUGGUUCCUUCCUCAAGCAGAGUGGCAGGCUGGAGAGACGUUGCGAAGCACUGCAGAGCGAGCUUUGGCUACUCUCUCGGGAAAUUGCAUCCAGGCCAAAUUCCUAGGGAAUGCACCAUGUGGGCUUUAUAAGUACAAGUUCCCCAGGGCCCUCAGGACAGAGGGCAGUGUGGGGGCCAAAAUAUUCUUCUUCAAAGCUCUCCUCCAGAGCGGUGAUCUGCCCCAGGCAGAGAGGAAAGAAGACUACGUGUGGGUCAGCAGGGGGGAGCUGGGGGAUUACUUGAAACCGGACUACCUAACACAAGUCAACAGAUUUUUGAUGGACCAGUGAAAGUCAGGGCUGUGCUCCAAGCAAAUGGGGAGGACGCAAAAAACAACUUCAGACAGGUGCAUUGCCUCUGUGUACAGAGAGUGGCAUUUGAAGAAGGAUCCAACCUCCCCCUUGUUUUCUGUUCCUCUUCUCUAGGCCUGUAUCAAAUAAAAAAUAUUAAAACCUCUGCUAA